AUGGAAACCACCAAUCCUUUUUCAAUGACUUCAAUGUUCGAUGCUUUGCAAGAACUCCGUUUUGCCCCCGCAAGACAAACCACGAACGAGGAGCCUCCGGUGAUGAUUCCUCCUCCUCCUCCACGUGAAGAAGGAGAUUCCUUGUUCUGCUGGGGAAUCAGGGCGGAUUUGAUCCCUGAUAUAUCGGAGAUGAUCAGUUUCCAAUGGAUCUUCGACCUUAUGACUAUAAGCGAAGGUGAUGGGCGUCGCUUUAAAGACGUCAUCUCAACGUUUGACAUGAGCAAGCUUGAAAAGAUUGUGUCUAUGUUGACUUCAGACUCCGAUUACUUCAUGGAGGUUGCAAGAAACAAAUUCGGGAGCAAAAACAUGCAGAGACUCAUGGGGAAAUCGGAUUACAUGGACACCUUCUUCUACAAGGCUAUCACGCGCAUCUUCGUCCAGGUCAUGACCGACAAGUACGCGUCCUACGUGGGGAUACAAGGAACGAGAGUUUUCCAACAGGACAAGAAGGAGUUAAUAUACGAGUUCACUCUCCGACACGCGCUUCACCUGGCCUGUGACCAACACGGUUGCAUCGCCCUCAACGAAAUCAUAACCGACUUGGACCAUCGUGACUACAGAAACCAGCUCCUGGACAUAGUCGCGAACAACGCUGUUUGGCUAAGCAACGAUCCUUAUGGGAACUUUGUUGUCCAACACGUGCUUGAACUGCGUGACAUGCGUUGCACGCGUAACAUCGCUGUUAAUCUACGCGGCCACUACGUCGAUCUCUCGUUCAGGAAGUAUGGAAGCUACAUCGUGGACAAGGUUUUGAAAGCAGGGGGCUCAGUAAUGGAAGAUGUGGUUUUGGUUCUUGUUAAGUGCAAGGGAGAGAAGCUGAUGAGGCUGGCGAGGAGUGAGUAUGGGAAUUUCGUGAUACGCAAUGCACUGCUACUCACGAUGAACUAUAUGACGCCUGAUCUGUUUUACGCUUUGGUGAACAAGCUCAUGCCUUUUCGCCAUCUCUUGUCUAGGUCUCCUGGAAGAUACAUUGCAACUAUCUUGGACUCUAUUCUUUAUCAUCCUAGUAGCUUCUUUCCAAGCUAG